AUGCCUCUCAGGAAGUUCUUUGAAUCUGCAUCAUAUCCCCCAGACGAGAGAAUAGCGAGAAACUCAGACGAUGUAAAAGAAACCAAAGCGUUGAAAGACGAGUAUACCAAACUGUAUCGAAAGCAUGAGAAGACAUCCCAAGAUAAGGACAGACUCACUAAAAUUCAAGGCCUGUUAAUGGCUCGUUUCGCAUUCGAUCCAAUCACUGAGCCCACAGGUACUGACUGGGGAGGUGCGAACAGAGAGCCCAGUCGUGCAAAUCUUGGUAAUAGGUUGGGGGAAAAAGGAGUUUACGAGGGCCGUUUGGACCAAAAUACAGCGGCAAGAACAACUGGGAUUGAAAUCAGUGGACACACAGAGUCUUCCGCAGGCUCAUCAAAACAGACUGUCUCACAAACGGAACCAAACAGCGGAGCUAUUGCCGUCGCUUGGUGCAAGUGCGGCGCGGGAAAAAAGCAACGUAAAAUCUACCGUUACAGCUCCACCUCUGCUGAUGCUAGAAAAUAUGAGAUGGGAAGCCCGACUGAGUUGAGCAAUGAUGACUUUAAGACUCUUACAGAAGUCUCCGGCACCGCCAAGUCAAUACUGGAUCUUCGAAACAAGUUUGGGCGUCGACAAUACGGGUACUCCAAUGUCAAAAAGAUACUCGGAGUUGCCAUAUUAUCACCCGACCCGAGGAAAACAAGACCUACUCCUGCAGGGACUGACGGCACUAAAUCUCCCUUUCCUAACACAACUGUUUUCAUCGAAUGGCAAGAUAUAUUACCAGAUGAUCUUCACUUGCUAAUCGAUGAUCAAAGCAAAAGCUGGGAAAUGAGAAGCAAGCUUCUAAGUGCGACGCCAAAAAAAAGAAUAGACGAAUUGAAUAACUGGAUUAUUGAUACCUACACGUCGCAAAAUGAGUCUUACGCAAGGCUGCACAAUAAACCCCCAACGCCCGUUCCUCGAAUUUUCAGAAUGAAGGAGAAUCCAACUUCUUUGCCUCAACCUCAGCGACGAGAUCCGAAUAAUCCAAAAGUGGACCCUUCAGGGAAGCAGGCAGAACCACCGCAACCAGAAAAUGAUGGAGCCCAGGCGGAUGCAGGGCAGCUAAAGAGCAAGAAGAGAGGAAGAAGGGAUAGCGAUGCGACUGAAAGCCCGGCUGAGAGUGCUAAAAAGUCUAAAACGCACCAGGAAGCUAUAAGACAGAAUAUUUCAGAGAGUAAGGAUGGAACGUUGGAGGAUGGAGUGAACGCAAACAAAGAGGAGUAUGGAAAAGGAGCAAGCAAGAAGCGAGCAAGAACAAAUAGUGACCUUGCUCGUGACCUUGAGCGUGCUGAAAAAAGUAGGACGGACCGUGAAUCUGUCGGCCAAAGUGGUUCAGGUUGA